UAAGUAAUUUGAUGUGUAAAGAAGACGUUAACUAAACAUUUUUCGGUAGUUAUAAUUGAAAAACGAGAUAAACAACAUGUUUUUCAUGUUGAAGUUGGUGUUAAUAUUUUUAUUAAACAAUACGCAAGCGUAUAUCACGCAAGAUAUCGAAAGAAUAUUGCUGCCGGCAUUGAAUACGACAAAGACAAAGGAAAUACCACUGACUUUAAAAGUUUUUGGAAAACAGAUUAAGUUAAAUCUGCGAAGAAACGACAAGAAUGUAUUGUCUACGUAUAAGGUAUGGAAACAUGACGCAAAAGACAUCACAAUAGGAUUGUCGGAAUUACACGCAUCGGAUCAUUGCUAUUAUUUUCACAAAAAUCGUAUCAGCACAGCGGCCAUAAACGUUUGUCAGAAAUAUGGAUGGGAAGGAUUUGUUUUUCUCAAAGACGACACAUUAGAAAUUAAAACUUUGCGAGAUAACCAUGCGUCUUUGUCCUCACUCGACAAUCUUUGCGUUAAAGAAGAAGUUAAUAUUUCAUUUAGCAAACUUCAUCUUAUUAAAAGAUCAUCGCAACUAUCUGCUGAUACAAGUUUUCCAAAUUUGGAUAAUUUUGUAAUGAAGCAACGUCAUGUACAAAAUACGCAAAAAAAAUUAACUAUAGAACUGGCUGUUUUCUUAGACGAAACCGCAUAUCGUACGUUCAUGCCUUUUCUGGGUGAAAAUACAAAUGUGUUUCGCAUGUUGAUAUUAGCGUAUGUGAAUCGUAUCCAAGCUGUGUUUUAUCAUCCGAGUUUGGGUGUUUCCAUCGAUAUUUCAUUGGUACAUUUGGAAAUUAUGAAGAAACAACCGUUAAAUUUGCCAGUUUUUGGCGGCGACGGUAAGAAGUUGCUCAAUUCGUUUUGCAAUUACGCAAAAACUCGCAAUCCUCCAGACGACAAUAAUCCGCAUCACUGGGACGUUGGUCUUUAUCUAACUGGAAUAGAUAUUUAUUGGACAGAGCAAAACGAUCUAAGUAGCAUAGGAUUAGCAAACCGCAAUAGCGCGUGCAGUUUGACUACAUCGUGUGCGAUAGUAGAAUUCGGCAUUGCGGAUCAAUUAAACUCGGGUUUUUCAUCGUCCCUCACGGCUGCUCAUGAGAUCGGUCAUGUUUUAGGAAUGAAACACGAUUCCAAUUAUAUAAAUCCAUGUAAUGCAUACAAAUACAUAAUGGCAUCUGAGCAGUACCCUCAAGGUCAAAUGACAUGGUCCGAAUGCAGUCGUGAUAUAGCUCAAAAACUCUGGUACGAAAAGGAUUGCCUUCGAGAUCAGACGAGACCGAAACGUCUAGGUGACACAUCACUCGACCACUCACGUUAUCACAAUUUACCCGGAAGAAAAUGGACCGCCAAAGCACAAUGCGAAAUAUAUUUUCGCGACAAGGAUGCAAACGUAGUCUCGUUGCUUGAUAUAUGCAAAACCUUAGAAUGCGAAACGCCUCUCAAGAAUGGGCAUUACAUCACUGGACCGGCGUUGGAAGGAACUUAUUGCGCACCCGGGAAGGAAUGUCGUGGUGGAGAAUGCGCACCCGUUAUCGAACCACCGUACAUUUUUGAGAAUUGUGAAGAUGAUAACUGGAGUGAAUGGAAAGAAAGCACCUGUCAAAGUAUCUGCUUGGAGAAAUCUAAAGGUGUAAAAUACAAACGACGUUCUUGCAAACAUGGGAGUCGCAGAACGGCGGAUUGCAAAGGCAAAUAUUAUGACGCGGUUUUGUGCGAUGAUACUUUACUCUGUAAGCUGAAACGCAAACAGAUCGACUUUACAGCAAAUAAAUGCAGACAAUUCAACUCUUUUGCAAUUAUACAUAAUAUAAACUUGACGUUUGAAUCGAAAAUGAAGACAGAAUGGCACGUCGCUCAUGAUUUCCAGAAACCGUGGAAGGCCUGUAGUAUACACUGCCGACGAAAGGAUUCAUCUACUUUCUACACACCACGCUGGGAAAUGCUUAGCAUAAAUAUCGACCCAUACUUUCCAGAUGGAACGUGGUGUCAUAAGAAAGAUGGCCAGGAUUAUUACUGCCGACAACAUUAUUGUCUGCCAGCAAGCUACUCUUAAAAAUAAUUCUCUAGAGAUUAUCGUGUAAACGAAAAUCGAAAGAAGAGAAAAUGAUGAAACGCGCGUAUUUCAAUUUAGAAUAAUUGUUCAAUUCGUUUAAUAUCGAAUAUUUGAUCGGUCAUUCUGUCAUUGUUAACAUACGUUUUGCGUAUCAUCUAUAUCUUGUUUGAUGGAAAGAAGUGGUCGAAGAAUUACGUCGAAUUAUCAGCAUUUAAAAUUAAUUCCGUCAAUUAGCAUAACUAAAAACGUAAAGAAAAACAAAAAUUAUAAUAGAUAAUAAUUAUCAUGUUUACAAAAUGUGAAAGUUACGAUAAUAGCUAAAUAAAGUAAAGGUACCUUUAUUCCAUAUGAGAUAUUGUGUCGACAG